AUGAGCGCCUCUCGACAGAACCAAGGCCCUGCGAACUUGGACGAGGACAUCGAGAUGUCCAACGAAGCGAACCCCGCUCACCCCAUCCACGGCCAUACGGCGGACGCCCGUUCUCAAGCGCCUCAGCCUCCCUCAGCUCAAUUCUUUUACACGCCACCGGCCUACGCUCCUCCUCCGCCCGGCGUCGCGCCCGGCAUCGCGCCCGGCAUCGCGUCUGGUCAUCCGCCGAGCGUCGCGCCCGGCGUCGCGCCUGCCCCGCCCGGUGUCGCGCCACAGCUUGUUCAAGGCUUCGCCUCUGGGCACCCACACGGAGUCUCGCACGGCCACUCUCACAGCUUCGGGCAGGGUUUCGCGCCCGAUGUCGCGUCCGGCUUCGCGCCCGGCCCAUCCUCCUUCGCGUCUGCUCCCGGCUUCUCGUCUCCUCCCGGCUUCUCGUCUCCUCCCGGCUUCUCGUCUCUUCCCGGCUUCUCGUCUCUUCCCGGCUUCGCACCUCAUCCCGGCGUCGCGCCUCCGGGCAACGCCACCGCCAGCGGAUCCCACCAGCCGCCUCCGCAGCCGUCUGGCCCUACGGCGACCCAGGGUCGCCUCCGCACCUUCGAGGAGAUAAUAGAGGAGAUGCAGUCGACGGGCCGCACUCGUGUCCUACCGUGGCAUUCGCUCGACCUCUUGAGGAUGGUCCAGGACCGCCUCACGGAAAUAAGCGAGGCCAACUCGCUUCGCGACGCCGCUCGUACUGCUGAGAGCCAGACACAAGAAACCUUCGCCACUGCUAUGACCGAGGCGAUCAACGAGGUGAAGAAGUUGCUCCGCCAGGUCCAGGACAGCCUGACCUCCGGCUUCGCCGCAAUGCGCGGAGAAGUGCUCGCCACCUCGUUCGAGUACACGAACGGCGAGUAUAUGUCUCUUCAAUAUGCGAUGAUCGGGCAUGUCCGCCCUGGCGUGUCCACCCAGCCAGCUCAACAUGUAGCCCCGUCAACGGCGGCACCGCGCGAGGACACCGUCCAACACGGAGGAAACGGCGGCGGCCAGGAACCCGCUGCGGGCGCAGGCGCAGAGGAGGAAGACGCACCAAACCCAAGCGACCCUAAGGGUAAGGGCAAGGCCCGUUAG